GAGAAACAACAAACUAAAGAGUGAGAUGCAAGACCAAGUAUGCUGUACAAAAGGAUGUGUGCGAGAGUGAGAGAAAAAGUAUUUUCACUCACGUGCGCACACACACAGAGUUCUUUGAUACCUAUUUUGGGUAUUUUGUGCCUUUUGUGCGGAAUGUUGAAAAUCUCGUAAUUUCCAUGAUAGAAAAAUUCUCUCUUCCUGAAAAUCUUCACAGGGAUGUCCAGUGGAUCAGAUUCAGGGAAGAUUUUUUGGGUAAAUUCCUGUCAUCAAUGCUUCCGGCAAGGAGAGGAUCUUCUGCAAGUGGCUUUCAGUGGCUCUGGAGGUUACACAUAUGCUGAAUUAAUUAAUUAUCUGAUUGGAGAUUAUGUUAAAUGCAAUCCUGAUUUUCCUGGACAAAUCUGUGGGGAUUGUGCAGGAAGUUUAGUCAGUGCUUGUGAAUUCAAGAGGAAGUGUAUAAGGAAUAUUGAGGAUUUUAGAGAAAGAGGAGCUUCUUCUUCCGAAUACUUGAAAAUUGAAUGUCAGGAAGUUGUAGAAAAGUCGGAAGAAGAUUGCCGACGGUUUGAAGAUCAAGCUCAGGAUGAAAAAUCAAAAGAAAAGCUAAUAGAAUCAAUCGGCUUUACAUGUGGUGAAUGUGGGAAGAUUCUCUCGACCAAAGGCAGCUUGAAAUCUCAUCUCUCCCGACACAGACAAGCCGGAGAGUACAAAUGCCCCGAAUGCGAGGAGAUCUUCCGUAAUUUCAAUGCCCGGAAGCGGCAUAUUAAUCUCAUUCACCUUCACAGGAAGGUUCAUCAGUGUCCUUUUUGCGAGGAGUCCUUCCAGUAUCACAACACCCACCGGGAGCACAUCCGGAAGGUUCAUGAGAAGGAGCAGGACGUGGAAUGCUCUGACUGUCCGAAAAAAUUCUUUUCCCACGAAGAACUUCUCCAGCAUCGUGUAAUUCACGACUUUGUACCCAAAUGCGAGGAUUGUGGGAAGAUUUAUCGAGAUAUUCGUGCCCUGAAGAAACACAUGAGGAUUCUUCAUAAAAUCUCCAAAUAUCAGCCACCAGAAUUAAUUCCCAUAUUGCACAGAAGUCAGAAAACUCCCGAAAUUCCGCGGAAGACAUUUUUCUGUGAAAAAUGCCAGAAACACUUCAAGGGGCCUCUGAAUCUCCAAAAUCACCUCCGGACAAUUCAUCGGGAGUGGCUUUGUACGGAAUGUGGGGAGAUUAUACGCGGUACAUCGUAUUCUGUUCAUAUGGAGUCACACAGGGAGACUCCGCAGGUGUGCACGGAGUGUGGGAGGACUCUGAGUUCGAGUUCAGCACUCAAGAAGCAUCAAAAGCGCGUACAUGGCCCCAAAAUUACGAAGAAAUUCGACUGCCCGCACUGUGAUCUGCAAUUUGCCUCUCCUCACACACGGAGGUAUCACAUUGCCAAGCUCCACACCCGGAAACCUCUCUACACAUGCCACUGUGGUCAGGAAUUUCUCUAUCAUCAUGUCUACAAACGGCAUGUCCGUCGUGAUCAUACAGGAGAAUUUCCGUAUGCUUGUGAUGUCUGCCCUAAGAAAUUCCUGACCCUUGCUGAGUGUCGCCGGCAUAGGCAGAGUCAUUUCAGUGAGCGCAGCUUCAAAUGCAGCAUCUGCGAAAAGGACUUCAAGACUGACGUUGCUCUUUACAUCCACAAAAAGAGCCACAGGAAGGGCGAGAGAUGAUGAAACUCCCGGAAAGAAUGUGAGUAGAAACAGCUAGAGGAAAAUAUUUCUUAUCGAUUCUUUGAAGAGGAAAAGAAUGAGGAAUAAAAGUUAAUCCCAUCAUUCCCUGAUUUUCUUUAUUUUUUUAUUAAGAAAUUUUCCACAAUUUGUCGAUGUUUCUUGACCUCCCUGCGCGAAGGUGAUGAAGUCAUUCCCUCUUGAAGACAUUCCCAGAACUCAAUGAUCAAUCGCGCACUCACAGGUGAACGCAAGAUAAUAUUAAUCUCGCUAUCAGUAAUCUUUCUUUCGCAAUACCUCUGAGGUCACAACGAUAGGCGUCCGCAGAAAUUUUUAUGAUUUCCUUCCGCAGUUGAUUCGUCAUGAUUUCUUUUUGUUUUUUAUCUACACCCCAAGAUCUCUCCUGGUUUGCUUCUAAAUCCCAAAAUGCGAUGGAUUAAUGCAAUUCUUCUUUUCUAUUGAAAAUCCUGGGGAAUUCAUGGAAUGUUAUUAAAAACAAAUUUCCCCAGAGAUUAUGCGCGUAGGCAGGUUUUAUUAGAUUAAAGAAAUGGGGUCAGAGUCUUCAGGUGAACCCUAUCAGUGAGAAGAGAAAAAUAAAGUUUCGUGUGAAUGAGGAAGUUCUGUGAAAAACGCUGAAGUUCCCUGGAAAAUUACCUUUUUGCGCCAUCCAGAAGGGCGUGAAGAAGUUCAAGGGAAUGUUGUUAUCAGUUUGCUGCGGUAAAUUUUCUCGUUUUUUAUAUCUUUUUAUUAGUUUGUUUAUGAUUGUGAGUACCUUUUUUAUGUAAAUUUAUUUAUUUUUUCAAUAAAUUUUUGUACCAACACCACUCUCUUCUUAUUUGCUUUAAAUUUUUAGGGAAAAGGAGCGCAAAAGUCCUUUUAAUUAGGGUAAGACGGGUAAGAACAAGACGUUGCAGAUAUUUAGAGAACUAUUUUUUCUGCUGUUUUUUUAGGGAGGCAGAAAUUCUUAAGUCAGGGACAAAUGUUUGCUUAAGAAAAUGUAGCAAAGAAAUAAAAUUAAAAAAAAAAAACAUUUUGAGAUUUCUAAAAUUACAAAGAUUAAAAAAAAACAUUCUAAAAUCCCGAUAGCUCCUGAUGAUGAUUAUAUAGAAGUCAAAAGAUCGAUUCUCUUAAAAAUCUUUUCUUUUUCUUACAAUUCAUCAUUUGUAAGAUUUUUGGUAUUCUAUGAAAAAUCUUAUCAGAUUUUGACAGUUUAUUUUCUUCUUUAAUCGUGUUUUUAAAAGAAAACUUUUCCCUCUAAGGAUCUUUUAGAUUGUCUUUGAGAAUAACAAAUCCUCUGCUUUCAAUUUAAGGAAUGAUAAAUAAAAGAACGAUUUCAAAAACAUCAACUGUCAUAAUCUUACAAAAACUUUUAAUUUGUAUGAAAAUAGUAAAAGAUUUUUACAGAAUCAACCCCAAUUUUCUAAAACUUUCUUCUAGGAUCCAUCACGGAGUCUAAAUAAAGUUCUGAGACUUUCUUUUAAUUCAUAAAUUGGUUGUUAAUUUGUAUUCUAACGGAAUCUAAUAGCAGAAAUAAUAAACUUAAGAAAAUAAAGCAUAAUUUUUAAAUUUUUAUUAAAUUUCAAUUUAUUCUUUGGAUUCUCUGCAAUGAAAUACUGAUGAUUCUCAAUAAAUAUUACAUGAUUUUCCAACGCACUUCCCGCUUUUCCCUUUAACAUCAAUCUUUACUAUUUUUUUAUACUUGAUUCGGCUUAAUAACUGAUAAGAUCACAAUUGAUAACACACGGGAACUAUAUUGAAAGCUCAUUUGGCGGUGAAAGCUCAAAGAUUUCGCGAUCGCACGCUUUGUACUCUCUUGCCUCAUUUUGCAAUCAAUGAAAGCAGCAAAUUUCUUUGUGUUUUUGUGAAAAGGGGCGCGGCUUAACUUAUCGCAAAAAUUUAUAUUUCUCAGAAGAAAAUCUCCUGAUAUAUUUGUCAACAUAUCGCGUAGCUAGAGCUUUCUCAAUCUCUGUUGUGUGAAGAAAUUAUUCCAACGAAAUGGGUGCUUUUUUGACAUCGGAGACUGCGAAUUCUGUGGUGGAUCCGAUUUUUGGGUGUCCUGUGUGCUAUGAGAAGUACAAAGGACGCAUUUUGGUGUGUCUUAAGGGGCAUUCUGUGUGUGAACAGUGCAGUAGGCAACUACAGAAGUGUCCGCAGUGCAAUGCUGAGUAUAGGGGAACACGCAACUAUAGCUUGGAAGAUAUUGUGGUUAAGUUGAAGCAGAUGAAUUGUUCCCCGGAAGAUGCCGUGAAGAGGAUUGUUGAGAAGAAUUCUGCAGCAGUGUUGAGGGAAACGGAAGCAAGAGGAGCUUCAGCACCUUCAGCUCCUGUAGCACCUUCAGCACCUGCAGCAGCUGCUUCAGCAGCAUCAGGAUUUUCAGCAGCAGCUAGUCACACGAAUACACCUUUGGCUGUGGAAGCUGAUGAAGAUAGCUGGUUAAUUGAAACUAUUAGCGCUAUAAGUUUAUUGGAACCGAACAUUGAAAGACAAUACAGGCAACCCGUUGAAGACUUUCGAGGUUCCUCGAGUAGAACUUUGGACUCAAUAAGUCGGAGUUCUUGCUGUAAAAUGGAAAACUGCCGACAGAUAAUUCUUCUGGAUGAAUUAGAGCAGCAUCUCCUCUCGCAACAUCGCCAUCAUGUGAAGCAUCUCACAAUGGAGGAAACAAACGGUUGCAGUGGAUCAAAUUUUGACUUUAAUCUCGACUGUCAUGAACACCGCUUCGCUCUCUUGACGGAUUUUGGAAUCUUCUUCCUCAUUAUCAACGUAGAUGAACCCAAUGCACCCGAUGAGGACACCAUUGUAACCUCAUGGAUACAGGGUGUGUGCUGCAAUGAUCAAGCUCCUCUCUUCAACUAUACGCUUUCAAUUGAAUUGGAUGGCAUUCGAGCAACGUAUCAGGACUACGUUCAUACCUACAAAGCUACUGCUUCGCACAUCAAGUGGAAGAAUCAAUGCUUGGGCUUUUUUGUCUACAUUCCCAAUUCUAGUUCAAUGAAGGUCAAAGGACACCUUUGUCUCAGUGAUAGCCCAACUCCCAGGCGUAGAUCAUCUGAUACAAUUGUUGAAGCAAUGAAUUGAAGCAAGUAAUUCAACGCCUGACUCCUGAUCUUCAAGACUUACCUUCCAAAAAAAAUAAAAACCAAAUAAAAGAGGAAAAAAAGACAUAAAAUUAAAAUUUGAGCAUCACACAUUUAAUUUUAUAAUGUAAAAAUACAGAACACAUGUAGAAAAUCACACGAAAAAAUAAAAUUAAAUAGACAUCUUAA